UUCCUACUCCUUACUUAUACUCUAUCUUUUUACCUCUUUUCUUCAAUAAAAUGGGAGGUUUAAUUUCUCUCUGCUUCUUCUUGGUCCUCUAUUCUCUUGUACCCUACACCUUUGUAUGGAUGUGUAGGAGGGGGGUGGAGCCUCCAGCCCCCUUCAAAUCCGCCCCUGGUUCGUUCGGAUAGGACAGCGUCCGGUGGCGUGGAGACAAAUCUGCCAACAACUGCAGCAACGAACCCUGCGUGCGUGCGUGCGUGCGGGGUGUUGAAGCAACUAGCAACCCAGGCAGCGGCUGGCCCUGCGGUCCAGUCCAGCAGCCUCCAACUACUCAGCCGAACCCUUGAGAGGCGAGAGGGAGCGGGCCGGGAUUGGUCUCCGACUUGGUUGAUCGGGUCCUACCGUCCUACCGCCCGCAAAGGACCCGGGUCCAGGCAGGCCAGGUUGCCGUUUCCCCACGUUGUCAUCAGAGAGGUAGUAGAGCCACGCACACCAUGCACGUACAGUGGGCCGCAACGACGACGCAGGCGUGCAUACAGAUUCGCACAGCAGUCGACCGCGCUGCAGGCACGUACGUAGGGACGGCGUUUCAGGCAGCCUUCCUUCCAACGUCGUUGCGCUGCACAGGUGAGGCCAAAGAUGGUUCCAAGACAGGAGCCGCGCCAUCGGAUGCCUCAGAUCUGGAACAGGUUCCUCACAAGCCAAAUUAAAAAAAAACAAUGCAAAUUAAAAAUGGCGUCUGUGAAUCUUUAUUAUUUGACCCGAUCUGAUAUGUAUCAGAUCAUCAGGAUUGGAUAGUAAGACUAAUUCAAGUAGCCAGCUGGCUGUCAGCAGUCACGGGCUCACUCGUCGAUAAUACUACGACGACUGAUUAUAUAAGGCGGGCUUCUCGGUACCUAAACUCUUUCAAAUCCUUAUCCAAUAACUCCUUUAGAAAAUCUUCCAUCUAAAUCCAAUAGCAGCAGAGAAGGUAAACUGUUAAACCAAAACGUGACCCCCUCCCCUGUCACAAAACGUGCCCCCCUCCCCUUUGGCUGUAUCCUAAAUUACAAGAUAUAUUCCAAUUUAUUUUUUAAAAAAUAAAACAUUUUGGUAAUUAAAUUUAUAAAAAACUAUAACAUCAAACAUGUAUAUUAUAGAAAACGAAUAAUGAAAAAAAUAUAGAUAUUAUUUUUACUGUAUAAAUUUAGUUAAAUUCGAAAUAUCUCGCCUUCUCAAGAAAACCAGAAUGCCUUUAUAAUUUAUUAGGAUGGAAGGAGUAAUAUAUGCGCCAAUAUAAUACUACGGGAAAAAACUACAUUUGAUGCGUUGUUGUCAGGUUAGGUCGAUCCGUAACGACUAAAGCGCCGAUGGAUAAACAAAGCCGCGGGCAGGAUGGAUCGACGACGCCACCUAAAAAUGGGCAUGUGAAGUGAAGAAGGCUUUUGAGAUAUUAUUACUAUUAAUAUAGCCAGUGACCAACCAUUGUGGACGAACAAUGCGAACCGACAAUAAUGGUGUACUGUUUGAACACACACACACACGCACUCGAAAGUCGAAACCAUCCCCCUUCCUCGUGCCUGCCAGAGAAAUGCCUUUCAGAGAACAUCACGUUUCCCGUAUAGGCCACGGCAGACGAUACGACGAUCGAUGACUUCUAGCGGGUGAAACUAAAGCAGAGAGUUUUUGGAAGGUGUGUGAAGGCAGCAAAUGCAUGGUUCCGAAAACCCUAGACCCGACGAGGACGACGACGGCACCACUUGUUGACCGCAACGCAACUCGAUUGCCCGCGCCAUGAACUCGCCUUGUUGCGUUGGCCGGACUCAAAGGCACCACCCUUCCUUGCCAACUUGUAACAGCGACAGGCGACCACCAGAGCCCGUCGUACAUGCGCGCAACAGCAGCUAUGGUGGAUUCAGAUCUGCUGCCCACCCUGACCUGACCCCAGGUCGCUUUCAGAAGUUGGGGGGACGACGAGACGCAGACGAAGGCAGCGUGGGGAGUGGAGGACCAGGAUGUGAUAAAACACAAUGUCAGGGUGGUGGAGGAGCGGGUGGGGGGAAAUAAAAUAAUGAUAGAAAAGAAUUCCCGAGCCACUGCUGGACCCCGUGACUGACUCUGACCGACCGCAACGCCACUGUUGCCUGGCCUGGGUGGUGUGGUGGUGGAGGUGGACUGGUGGGAUUGGAUUGGGGAGGCCUUUUUUAUAAACCGGUAUAGUAGGCAUAUGAUGCUCUUCUCAUUACUGACAGGCGCCAGAGAGAGAGAGAGAGAGACCACAACUCCUCUCGCCUCGCCUCGCCUCGCCUCCCCCGGGGAAGAAGAGGAGGAGAGGGAGCUGAGCAGCAGCCGGCCGACGCGGGAAUGCUCGUCGGCGGCGGGCGGGACGACGAGGAGGUGCUCCGGAAGCUCAAGAGCAUGGACGUGGACAAGAUGGAGAACGGCGGCGGCGGCGGUGAGGCGGAGAGCCCGCGCCCCGCCGUCAAGUACCACGGCUGGAAGGCCAUGCCCUUCAUCAUCGGGAACGAGACGUUCGAGAAGCUGGGGACGCUGGGCACGUCGGCCAACCUGCUGGUGUACCUGACGCAGGUGUUCCACAUGCGGAGCGUGGACGCGGCCACGCUGCUCAACGGGCUCAACGGCACCACCAGCCUCGCCCCCAUCGUCGGCGCCUUCCUCUCCGACGCCUACCUCGGCCGCUACCUCGCGCUCGCCAUCGCUUCCAUAGCCUCCCUCAUCGUGCGCUCGUCCUCCUGGCCGGGUCGUGUGGCCCAGAUGCCCACCGGCCAGACAGGAGCUGCGUCCGCGUUGCGUCGGCGGUGCGGUGGGGACGGAGAUCCGGUGCCCUGCCUGCCCACACCACACGGCCGCGUGGGAGGCGUCCUCGCGGUCGCGCCGCCGGUUUUGUUCGCUUGCGACGCCGGUAGGCCGUAGGACGCGGAACCGGCACGAUUACACGCGUGGUGUCGGGCGACCGGAGCGGUGGCGUCGGAGCCGUGCACGUGCACGGCAGUGGGGGGCUGGGUGGGUGGGUGGGCGCUGAGCGGUCACUGCACACGGGCAGGAUGCGUCGGUGGGGGUUCCGUCUCGGUAGUCGGUACGGGAAUGCUUGUGUUGUGUGGGUCUGGCUGGGCUCUGGGAGUCUGGACCAGGCGGCGGCUAGGACUAGGAGCAGCGCCGGCGCAGCCAGAACACGUGAUGCGGGCGUAGUGUCCGCUGUCCGGAUCCCAUCUCGUAUAUAAAAUAAUAGUAGUGUCGAGGUCCAGCCCAGACUCGAGAGGAGAUCUCUCUUCCGCUUCUUGAGAAGUAGUAGUAUUCGGAUUUCCAAUUCCACCGAGGUCCCCUAUGCAAUGGCUAUAAAACGAAGCUGCUGUGCUUGUUCUCAUGUGGAUUGUGGCCUCCAUGUGCGCCCAAAUGGUUCGGUUACCUUAUCCGUAGUCAGGAUUCCAGACAUCUCUGUCUACGAAGUGACCGCCAACAACCUGUAGCCGCACAAUGACAGAUUGACAGCUACAUUCACAGACUGAGAGGCGACAAUAGGAGCCACCCAUUCGUGGACCGUGACACAGCAAACCAUGGCAGGCCUCUCUUCGCCGGUAACACUCUGUCCUGUAGCCGGCGACGGUUGGGUCAUUGCAGUGGCCACGGCGGAGAACGAGGUCUUUGUCUUUCCUAGCAUCUGCUACAGGGUUGGGCCGUUGGGAAAUUUGGAGCGCGUACGGCAGGAAGGAGAGAUCGUUGGCCUGGGCUUUACACGUGCUAGGGAGCACAAAUGGGCCAUGAGCCCAUGACCAAAGACUCGUGAUUCUGUCUUACGUUACGUACACCUGAUUCGAUGCGUACGGAAAUGUUCAACCAGACCUGCGCUCCCUAGUCCCUCCGACUCAAACACGCAUAGUAAACUAACUACAAUGUUGCCAUGUUGGCAUGCUGCUCACUCGUUGGUUCCAUUCCAUGCAUCCACCACCAGGGCAUGUUCCUGCUGACGCUUACGGCCGGCGCGGACAGCCUUCACCCGCCGGAGUGCAGCGUGGGGGAGACCUGCGAGAAGGCAACGUCGUACCAGUUCGCGGUGCUCUUCGUCGCCUUCGCGUUCCUGGUGCUGGGCUCGGCGGGGAUCCGCCCCUGCAGCAUGCCCUUCGGCGCCGACCAGUUCGACCCCCACACGGAGUCCGGCAAGCGCGGCAUCAACAGCUUCUUCAACUGGUACUACUUCACGUUCACGGCGGCCAUGAUGAUCUCCGCCACCGUCAUCAUCUACGUGCAGAGCAACGUGAGCUGGCCCAUCGGGCUGGGCAUCCCCACGGCGCUCAUGUUCCUGGCCUGCGUGCUCUUCUUCAUGGGCACGCGCCUCUACGUGCGGGUGAAGCCCGAGGGGAGCCCCUUCACCAGCGUCGUGCAGGUGCUGUCGGCCGCGCUCAAGAAGCGGUCGCUGAAGCAGCCCAAGGACCCGAAGCAGGACCUCUUCGACCCGCCGCACACCAGCGCCAUCGUCACCCAGCUCGCGCACACGGACCAGUUCCGCUGCCUCGACAAGGCGGCCAUCGUGGCGUCCCAGGACGAGUUGCGCCCCGGCGGCGCCGCGCCCGCGGACCCCUGGAGGCUCUGCAGCGUGCAGCAGGUGGAGGAGGUCAAGUGCCUCAUCCGCAUCGUGCCCGUCUGGUCCACGGGGAUCAUCUACUACGUCGCCGUGGUGCAGCAGUCCACGUACGUGGUGCUCUCGGCGCUGCAGUCCGACCGCCACCUCGGCGGCGCCGGCUUCCAGAUCCCCGCCGCGUCCUUCACCGUCUUCGCCAUGCUCGCGCAGACGCUGUGGAUCCCGUUCUACGACCGCCUCCUGCUGCCCAAGCUCCGGAAGAUAACCGGCAAGGAAGAGGGGUUCACGCUGCUCCAGCGCCAGGGCAUCGGCAUCGCGCUCUCCACCGUCGCCAUGGUCAUCUCUGCCAUCGUCGAGGACCGGCGCCGUGCCAUCGCGCUCAGCCAGCCGACGCUCGGAACCACCAUCACCGGCGGGGCCAUCUCGGCCAUGUCCAGCCUGUGGAUGGUGCCGCAGCUCAUGAUCCUGGGCCUAUCGGAGGCAUUCAACCUCAUCAGCCAGAUUGAGUUCUACUACAAGGAGAUCCCGGAGCACAUGCGGAGCGUGGCGGGGGCGCUCGCAUUCUGCAACCUGGCACUCGGCAACUACCUCAGUGGCUUCCUGGUGACCAUCGUGCACCGGACCACGGGGUCCGGGCAGAACUGGCUGGCGCAGGACCUCAACAAGGGCCGCCUCGACCUCUUCUACUGGACCAUCGCAGGCAUCGGCGUCUUUAAUCUCAUCUACUUCGUCAUCUGCGCCAGGUGGUACAGGUUCAAGGGAACCAGCAACUGAUCCGCCGAGGUGACCAUAUAUCGUCUCUCUCAUGGUUGGACAGGUUGGUGGGGUUGGAUAAUUAUGUUAUGGCCUCUCUCUUUUUUGUUUAUUACUUUAUACCUUUGUUACUGGUCCUUUCAUUUGAAUCUAUAGGAUGAUCAAGUGGCUGAUGAAAGAGGAGAAAGAAACAAAAUAGUUGGUUUUUUGUAAUUUGUAAGUGGUUAAACUGAAAUACAAAUGGAUGUAAGCUUGAAUGAAAGUUUAGCACAGUUACCGACCAGCUUAUGAUUACAAGCA